CGGCAGGGGCAGCGGCAGCGGCAGCGGCAGCUGAGGCCCCAGCGGUUGAGGCAUCGGCGGCGGUGGCGGAGACGCAUCUCGCCGGAGUCGCGGUGGGAGUGCCUCGCUCCGGGACUGGCGCCGGCAUCGGGAGAGAGAUGCGCCUCGGGGGCUGCGGCUCCUCCCCAGUGGCGGCAGUGGCGGCGGCUACGGCUACAGCUGAUCAUGGAGAUUGAGAACAUUGUGGCUAACACGGUGCUGCUCAAAGCCCGGGAAGGAGGAGGUGGCAAACGAAAUGGUCGAAGUAAGAAAUGGAAGGAGAUGCUAAAGUUACCCCAUAUCAGCUAUUGUAAUGAACUCAGAUAUUCCAUUGAGAAGGACUAUAACAGUCUUUGCGACAAACAACCCAUUGGAAGACUUCUUUUCAGGCAGUUCUGUGAUACAAAGCUUGAUCUAAAGAAAUGUAUUGAAUUUCUGGAUGCAGUGGCAAAAUAUGAGGUGGCUUCAGAUGAAAAUCGAAGAGACUCUGCUCUGAAGGUUUUAGACAAAUACUUCAAAAAUGGGUCUGCUGCCCGUUUACCAGAAAUACCUCAGGAUAUAGUGAAAGAAUGUAAAGAAAGGCUGGAGCAGAGCCCUUGCAAAGAACUUUUUAAAGACUGUACUAGGGUUGUCCAUGAUUAUUUAAGUGGAAGACCAUUUGAGGAGUACCAAGAAAGCAUGUAUUUCUCUCGAUUUUUACAAUGGAAAUGGUUGGAAAGGCAACCUGUAACCAAAAAUACAUUUAGACAUUACAGAGUACUAGGAAAAGGAGGAUUUGGAGAGGUUUGUGCCUGCCAAGUACGGGCAACAGGAAAAAUGUAUGCUUGUAAAAAGCUAGAAAAAAAGAGAAUUAAGAAGAGAAAAGGAGAAGCUAUGGCAUUAAAUGAAAAGAGAAUUUUAGAAAAAGUACAUAGUAGGUUUGUAGUUAGUUUAUCCUACACAUAUGAAACAAAAGAUGCCCUGUGUUUAGUCCUAACUAUUAUGAAUGGAGGGGAUUUGAAGUUCCACAUAUACAACAUGGGAAACCCUGGCUUGGAUGAAGAAAGGGCCAUAUUCUAUGCUGCAGAGCUAUGCUGUGGCUUGGAAGAUUUACAAAGGGAAAGAAUUGUUUACAGGGAUUUGAAGCCUGAAAACAUUCUGCUGGAUGAUCGUGGUCACAUACGGAUCUCAGAUCUUGGGCUAGCUAUGCAGAUCCCAGAAGGAGAAACAAUCCGAGGAAGAGUGGGAACAGUUGGCUACAUGGCUCCAGAAGUUAUCAAUAAUGAAAAAUAUACAUUUAGUCCUGAUUGGUGGGGACUUGGCUGCCUAAUUUAUGAAAUGAUUCAGGGACAAUCACCAUUCAGGAAACGCAAAGAGAAAAUCAAACGUGAGGAAGUAGAUCGCAGAGUGAAGGAAGACCAAGAAGUGUACUCCGAGAAGUUUUCAGAGGAGGCACAGUCUAUCUGCAGGAUGUUACUUACAAAAGAUCCAAGAAAACGAUUGGGCUGCAAAGGAGAGGGAGCUGCUGGUGUAAAGCUGCAUCCUUUUUUCAAGGGCAUUAACUUCAAGAGACUGGAAGCAAACAUGUUGGACCCCCCUUUUUCCCCUGAUCCACGCGCAGUGUACUGUAAAGAUGUUUUGGAUAUCGAGCAAUUCUCUACAGUAAAAGGAGUGAAUCUGGAUACCACAGAUGAUGAUUUCUAUUCCAAAUUUGUUACAGGUUGUGUCUCCAUCCCCUGGCAAAAUGAGAUGAUUGAAACGGAAUGUUUCAAAGACAUCAACACAUAUGAAAAUGACAACCUGACAUCAGAUGGAGAUGAUGACAAGCAAACUCUGAGACCAAAGAGGGGCUUCUUUCAUAGACUCUUCGGGAGAGGGGUCUGUUUUAAAUCUGAUUACAGUGAUAAUGAAGAGGAGCCAAUGAAACUAUAAACCACCGAAUAAUAUCCCAAAGCCAAAUGCUAAGAAUAAAUAAAUUCUGGAUAUUUUAUUGUAUCUAUGAACUAUAAUAAAAAAUUAUUAUAAAUUUUAAAACACAA